UAUCUCAUCAGUCGCAAAACAACCAACGAACCAACUCCAAUAGCGCAGCCAACAUGAACGCUAAGCUUCUCAUCAUCUUCGCCCUCGUGGCGGCAACCUUGGCCGAAGAGCAAGCUACUGAAACGAAGAAGGACAAACGUGGAAUCUAUGGAGGAUACGGAGGAUAUGGAUACUCUAGUUACGCUGCACCGAUCAGCCAGGCAGUCUCGGUGGUAACCAAGGAAGUGCCAGUCCCUGUACCACAUCCUGUCGCUGUUCCUGUCGAGAAACACGUCCCUGUCCCGGUUAAGGUGCCGGUCGCCGUCCCGGUCGAUCGUCCCGUCGCCGUUCCCGUCCCCAAACCAUACCCAGUCGAAGUGACCAGGCACGUNNCAGUCCCAGUGGAGAGGCCAGUUCCGGUCCCGAUCAAAGUUCCGGUACCGGCUCCUUACGCAGUCAAAGUGCCCCAACCUUACGCCGUUCCAUACGUGAAACAGAUACCGGUGCCCGUGGUGCAACCUGCAGUCGUGAUCGAGAAAUACAAUCACGGCGGUUGGCCAAGCGGCUACUCCUCCUGGUAAACGGAACCAAUCCUUUUCAUUUUCGUGGAUCCGAGGGAGCUAGCUUCGGCGAUCGUGACAGCGUUAUCGAGUGUUCCAAAUCCGAGCGACAGUUGGAU